AUGACCCGUCGUAACCUUACUCGCACCUCUGACCGAAUUUAUGCCCUAGCCGGCUUAGCUAGCUGGAUUCAUGAUACCACUGAUUCUUCCUACUGCAUUGGAUUAUGGAGAGACGAUUUGGACAGUCAGUUGCUAUGGUACAGCGAUAUAUCUCGCAGCGCUUGUCCUGCUCCUCAAAGACUCCCCCAGCCAUACGCCCCUUCUUGGGCGUGGCCAUGCAUUUCCGGCCCAGUCGCCUUUUUCAAGUCCAGUAGCGCAGACCUUCCAGUUGCAUUAUCCGAAUAUGCGGGUCCGGAUUUCCAUAGCGUGUCAGUGCAGCCUCUGCUCGGACUGGAUACUCAAGUAUGGGGAAUGGGUUUAACAUCUAAUCGAUACGGCCCGACCUUUAUGGCUCUUCUGCAAUCGACUGCAAGAGUUCUUCCUGUUUAUUUUUACAAAAGUACAGAUACCUGGGUCCCAGAGUACCCCGUCGCAGAUUUUGACUCUGCAGCUCUGAAAUUCUACAUUGAUGCUCCCGCCGAGGGUCCUGCAUACACUAAGAAUGACCCCAAUAGGCCCAUGAAGUACUGGCUGAUCCUCGCCGGUAAAUUCCAAGAGUCCGGGGGAUAUACGCCCAUUCAACUGCAAGCUGUUUGCCUUUUGACUAGAAGAAUGACAUCAUACGAGGACCAAAUAUUGGUUACUCAGGCAUAUCUUACCUUCUGUUUGGGAAUAUCAAAGCAUGGGGACAAGGAUUACAGAUAUGAGAACAAAAAUCUAGCCACUGCAGAUAAAAAUGUGGAUUUGAAUCUCGCGAGGGUAGGGAUUGUGCGAGGGGCUGGCUCCAUUAGAGCAUGGGCAGAAGCCGUUCCGGAGACGAAGUUCAAUCUGUAUUAA